CUCGCAUUUCCACUGGUGGAGGAAGAAACAUCGAGGGAACAUUUCUUCUGUCGACGCGGUUAAAAACUUUUGCUUGUAAAGAUUAAAUUGGAGAGGAGAAAAAAAAUAUUCAAAUUAAAAACAUGUCGUCCUGGGCGAAAUUACCUGCAAGUGGACGGCGGUCGUCAGGAAACAAGAACGGAAGUGCCCAACAACUCCGUUUGUUUCGGAGAACUGCUCCCUACCCCCUCAGAGAGGAAAGGACCGAGGAGCUAAAGGAUGCUUUGGACAGUUAUGAAGAGCUGGAACAAAUUCAGAACUUCAGCAGUGCUGUGAAGUACGAGGGAUACAAGCAUCAGCCAGCUGCAGCAGCCAAGCCGGAUGUCUGUACUCCAGCAGAUAGACGUAAAGCUCUGUAUCAGAAGUUCUACAGGCAGGUUCAGGAGGAGAAGAAGCCGGCCGACUGCGUGGUCCUCUCCGUUACCAACACAUGCCUAUUUUCUUCAGCUUCAUCCCAGUCAUCACAGGAUUACCCCAAAUCGCUAAGCCAGUGUUUGCAGGAGCGUGGCCUCUCAGUGGAAAUGCUCUACCUUCAAGAGGAAUCGGGCCUGACCCGGGCCCUGCAGGAUGUCCGAGCAGGUGGCUCCCCGUUAUGUAUACUGGUGGAGCAGAAAAACAUAGCUCUGUCCUCCUGCACUAUUAUCAUAUUCUCAGAAUCCCUCAAAAUCCAUCGCAACAUGCCCAAAGAGCAGGCCAUGGACUUUGUGCAAGCUGAGUACAACCGGGGACUCCUUAAAGAGCGCCCUCCGAAGGAUCCUGCAGAUAUCGCCGCGCAGGCGUCGCAGCUGCUGGACGACUUUCUGGACCGUGAAAAAAUUGCGCGCCAUGCCGUUCCCUCUGAAACUCGCCAGCUCCUCAUGCUGUUAGCUGAUGGGGUGCAUCUGUACCCCGAGGAGCUGGAAACCGUCUCGGCGUACGUGCGUUCCCGGCUGGAACAUGUAGAAGCCUCAAACCCUGAGGGUGACAGGCCCAACAUGUUACCUCCAGGUUUGGGGAAGCCACCCCCUCUGCUUCCUACCCCACCAGGACCCCCACAGCCUCUAUCUGGAUCUCUAGCAGGGGGGUCUGUUGAUGACCUCUCUGCACCUGCACCUGUACCUCUGCUUCCUUCACCAGGUUCUUUUUCUAAAACCAAACCUCCCCCUCUGCUCUCCCUGCAUCGGCUUCCUGGCCCAAUGUUGGGGGUCCCGGAAUUUCGAGGUUCUCUGUCGUCACAUAACCUUUAUGGUGCUUCCAGUGGGUCUCGAGGGCCCCUACUACACCAUGAGCCUCUGUUCCACCCAGGCUCCAGGGGCCCCCAUGGGUCUAGACUGGCCCCUCCCUCUUUAAAGAAUUCUCGCCCUCCUCUUCUCGCCUCUCCAGGUCCUCUUCUCUCACGACUGAGCGGCCCGCGGCACUGAAAACAUCUGCACACAAACAGCCAGAAAGCUGCAGCUUCCAGCGUUCGAAGCAUCUCCGGGUGGAUCACAGGAUUCCUGCUGCGCCACCGGAUUCUCCUCACAUUUGUCUUUUUUCCUAAAGUUAAAUGUUAAAUCACAAUCAACUGAAAUAGACAGCUUUUAGAUAUUUCCAUGAAAAUGUGCAUGGGUUGAUGCAGGACGGUUUGGAGUAAGCUGACAAAUUUAAGCAUCUUUUUUCCAGAUCCUUCCAGCCUCGGACUACUUUUCUGUCUCUUGUUUUGGUAAUUUUUCAACAUUUAGUUUGCACACAAACAAAAACAGCCAGCUUCUGGGUUAAGUGAUGGUUAUAUGACUUAAUAGUUUUUUGUUUUUUUUUUUUUCCUUUGGAUGUUUUCAAGAAACCUGGUAAGCAGUGUUUUUGUGUGUGUAUUUUUUUGAGAGGAAUUUGUCAGGCGGAAGAAUUUCAGCAUCCUUCAUUGUAACAGACAUGCUUUUGGAGAGAAAUUUUCUGUGUUUCUACAAUGUUUCUGGGAAUAAAUCUUUAGAACUAGGAUAUGUUAGAAAUCCAGUUGAGAAGGAAGUUGGUUUCUGUAAACCAGCUCUUGUUGCUUCAGUUGUCGAACUGGAUUUUUAGAGCUUUCCCAUCGCUUUUACAGAGUUUGGAGCAUUUUGUGGGAACCAUUCUACGUCACCAAACAUCUGUAAAAAGGAAAAAAGAUAAUAUUUAGACAUUAUUUAAACACUGUCCUUGAUCUUUUCAUUUUUUAUAUUGUAAAAAUUCAUCCACUUGAUAAACUAAAGGGUUUCAAAGUGCAGCAGUGUUUAAGUUGAGCUGGUAUGAAGCGUGAAUUUGGAAAAGUUUCAAUGAAAAACGUCUAAAGUGUUUUAAUUAUUUUGCUUUUAGUUUGAGAAUUUUUUUUUCAAAGAGAAAUAAAGCCUCACAUUAAUCAAUGACUCCUGGACUAAGUUGUUUUCUGCAGCACUGAAUCUUUUACUUUGAGAUUUGCAGCUCAACAUCUCUUGGAGUUGCUGUUGAAUGCAGAUCAUGUAAAACUCCUGGAAAAUGUCUUGAAACAUAAAGCAACAGCUGAUCAUUUUCAGAAAGUUGUGCAACUUGUUGAAAAAUGUAAGAAUCCUGUAAUUACAGGUUUUUGUUCUACUUUAAUUCUACCUGAAGGUCUUUUUGACACCCUUUCAGACACCCUCAGAAAUUCUGCCAGCAGCUGUUUUUCUCAGUCUUUCCCGUAAAUUUGUUCUUGCGUCUGUUUUUACUGCAGUCUUCCAGAAUAUUCCACCUUUUCCUUUGCUCUAAACCAGUCAGAUAUUUCCAGUUUUACACUGGGAGAUUAACUGCUAGCAGGAUAGAUGUUUGCGUGGUACAUUUAUUUUAUUUAGUCCUUAUUAAAUCUGGGUGAAAGUGUUUGCUCUCAUUAAACAAGUUUGUCUCAGUAAGACUUUUACUCUGGUGAAUGGCUGCUGCAAGCCCCAAAACAUCGGGAUUUUAAGGCAUGUGUCUGUCCACGGGAGCCAAGAUGUUUGUGAUGUUGAAAAAAAUAAAAAAAAAAACGUCCUCAAGACACAAUUUCACAUGUAGAUAGAAACUUUAUUCAUCCCAAGGAAAAUUCCAAUACUCAGCAGCAGCAUAAAUACAGAAAAAGGGCAAGUUAAUAUAAAAAACACAUAAAACGGGUUAGUAACAACCUGAACAAUUCCUCUGCAAAGAGUAUGUUGGAAACAUAAAAGACAAAUGUCCAAUUAGCUGGUUGCACAGGUGUGCACGCUUUACGCUAAUCCUUGGUUAAAACAAACUUUGAUGUGAUCUUGUUUUCAUACACACUCCCGCUAGACUCGGGGGUUGGGCUGCAAGACGGAACCGGACCGGAAAACCUCCAAACCUACACUACAGUUUGGAGUCUCGAAGGAACGGGGCUGUGGACCACUUUUCUUUCUUUACUUCGUUCUGUUGCAACUUUUAAAAAGCAGGUGUUUAGUUGGAUAAAGACUUCAUCUGAUGUUUUUCUGUCUUUUUGUUUCAUUCUAUAUUUUGUUUGUUCUUUUUCACUUCUGCCUCAUUUCUCAUCACCUGUUUUUUUUCUUAUGUGAUUGCUUUUAUUCUUUAAUCUUUUUUUGACUAUUGUAAAGCACUCUGUGGCUUUUAACCUGUGAAAGGUGCUAUAUAAAUAACUUACUACU